CGCAUCGGUCCCUCCCGUGUCCCGUCCACCUCCGCGCUCGCCGCCGGUUGCUUGGCUCCCGCUCGCCCCCGCGUCCGCCGGCCGCCGGCCGCCCGGCUCCCGCCCGCCUCCGCGUGCGCCGCCAGCCCGCCCGGCUCCAGGUGGCCUCCAUGCGCGCUGCGGACUCCCGCCUGCGUCCGUGCGCGCCGUAGGCCGCCGUCCGCCUCCUCCUCCCCUCCCGAGGACAAGGUGGGAAAUAGCGAGGAGGAGCCGCGGGGAGCAGAUUUUUUUUGGCUCCCGCUCCGCCAAACCGCUCCAGUCGGCGGAAUUUUAGGGGCUCUCUUUGCCUCGCCUCAACUCGACUCGCUCUCCUCUCUUCCGCAUUCGCUCGCCGGCCACCAGGCUGCUCCACUCCCGAUUCGCCGCCCCCCCCCUGCUCCAGUAGCGCCGCCACCCGACGCCGAGCUGCUCCGGAGCACCGGUAUGCACCGCUUCCCCCGUCAAGAAGGUUUCUCCGCCCGUCCCCGGGGGUGGAGCGGUGCCGUUGGCCGCUAGGGAGGAGCCGGGACUAGCGGGAAGCACACCCCACUAGUAAGCCACAAUCAGGGGCAUUUUUAUUACUCCUACUUAGCGGUGAUGGCAGCAACCGAACAUAGUGAUUGAAGGAGCUAGGUGCUCAGCCAUGCUGUCUGAAUAGGGAAUUAGGGUUACUUUUGGUGGAUUUGCAGCAAGGAAAUCUGGGAAUGGAUUUGCAUGCUGCUUAGAGUGCUGUAUUAAAGUCUAAUUGGGAUGGGUUCAUUAUGCUGCGUGGCAGCGCGGCCACAUGGGACAAGCACAGCGAGCCGGGAGUGGUCCUCUAUUGGCCGAAGCGACCAGACCUGGCGGACUAAUGCUGGCUUCUCCCCACCUGUGUCUAGGGGGUGGGAGUACAGGAUCAAUUCGGAAGGGUUGUCUUAUGGAUCCCGUGGUGAUAGCGGGGUUGCUGCGAAUUACGGGUCAUCACUAUCAUCAAAUAGUAAAGAGGCUAGUAGGAGCUGGGAGAGGAAUGAACUUCCGCAAGAGCAUCGUUACUCUACAUCUGAGGGUGCCAUUUCCUAUUUCAACAGCCCAGAUGUCAGCUUCCAGAACCAGCAUGUUAUGCUGCCCAUACUGCAUGAUUCUAGCGUUGAUGAAUACAUGAGAGUUUCAGUUGCUGAGCCGAUUGGUGCUUUAUUGUUGUCAGAGGGAAUAUCAGGACAGCAGAAUAGUGGUGGUUCCACCUCCUCUCGUUCUGAGGGAAGUGAAUAUGAUAUAUUACCUAAAUCAUACUCAUCAACGCCCCGCAACUUCCCAAGUCGUCGAUCAUUCUUGUCAAAGCCAGUCCAUCCUCUUUCAUUUCCAGAACAUGCACUAGAAGCACAAGGAAAUCAAAGUCCUGUUGCCAGUGCAAGCUCCAACAAUCCUCUGCACUCUGAGUACAAGGGAACAGGAGAGGUUCGCUCUCCAGGUCCCAUGGACUAUGGCAGUGGCAAUCAUGGGGAGUCAGGAAAUUGGAGUGCUGCAAGUAGCAUGGAUCUUACUGAUGUAUCAGAACGACCUGAAGCUGAUCGAGCUGGACCACUGCGUUCUAAUAAUAUAAUGCAGAAAACAAGGUGUGACCUUUGUGAGAGGCUUUUGACUAAGAGAUCACCUUGGGGUUCUCGUCGAAUUGUGCGCACUGGAGAUUUGCCGGUUGCUGGUGUUCUCCCAUGCUCCCAUGUCUACCAUGCUGAGUGCCUGGAGCGGACGACUCCAAAGGGGCAGAAGCAUGACCCUCCUUGCCCUGUGUGCGACAAGCUGGCUGGUAAAGAUACCGAGCACUGGUCGAUUUGCAGGUUAAAAAACGGAUUCCCAAGAUUGCGUUCCCUAGGGGAAGGGCCUUCUCGAGUUUGGAGCUGUGCUCAUGCUGGAGAGUGUGCUGCUGGGGCUGUCCAGAUACCAAGAUCAAAUAGCAUUGCACUAUUAACUCGGGAGUGGUCACAAGAGGCAUGCCUCUUUGAAGGGAGAUCCUGGGAAAGACUUGGCUGAAACAUCAAAAAGUGCUUGCAUGUAGCUUCCUAGUGCCCUUCCGUAGGUAAUGUUCAAGACCUUGCAUUGUUGUGGUCGCAAGGUAAGAUGUAUGGGCACAGUCGCAUAGAUGUUGACAUGGCUUGAUGGCCCGGCUAGGAAAUGACGUAGAUAUACCUGUGUAGCUGACUAAAUUGACCUAUCAGUUAUCAGGAUUGCCACUUCUGCAUGUUGCCUUGUAUCUGUACCGAUUAAUUUUAUGGGCUGACACUGUUCCUGAUGAAGUUGUCUAUGCUGGGAAUGUAAGAGUGUAGGACCGUGGGUCAACUGGU